GGAUCAAUCUCCAUGUUAAAUGAAAAUGGCCAAUUCCUCAAGAGGAGAAGUAUUGAAUCUUUAUAAGAACCUGCUGUUUCUUGGACGGGACUAUUUUAAAAGGCGUUUGAAGAAUGUUUUUCUUAAAAACAAAGACGUGAAAGAUCCAGAGAAGAUCAAAGAACUUAUUAAGCGAGGCGAAUUUGUAAUGAAAGAGCUAGAAGCCUUAUACUUCCUUAGGAAAUACAGAGCUAUGAAACAUCGCUAUUAUUCAGAUACCAGGGCUAACUGAUCAUAACACUAUAAAUUGACUGAA